UACAGUCGCAAAGUGUUUGUGGGAACAAUUCCUAGUCCAUUACGGUUUCCCAGAGCGACUCCACAGCGACCAGGGGAGAGACUUUGAAUCACAAACCAUAAAGGAACUUUGUUCGCUGCUUGGUAUACACAAAGUCAGAACGAGUCCAUAUCAUCCCCGUGGUAACCCAGUGGAACGUUACAACCGUACCCUACUAGGUAUGCUUGGUACUCUAAAAGACACAGAAAAACGUCAUUGGUGUGACUAUGUGAAACCACUCACUCAUGCUUACAACUGUACAAGAAAUGAUGUAACUGGUUUUUCCCCGUACCAGUUAAUGUUCGGAAGACAACCCCGUCUGCCCAUAGACAUUGCUUUCGGACUGCCACAGAUUAACAAGCAGUCCAUAUCUCAUUCACAGUAUGUCAAACAGCUGAAAAAUCACCUUGAAGACAGUUACAAAAUAGCCAUAAAAAACUCUCAGAAAGUGGCUGACAGAAACAAGAAAAGGUUCGACAAAGUCAUCCGCGAGUCCACACUGGAUGUGGGGGACCGAGUCUUGGUUCGUAACCUUCGCCUUAGAGACAAACACAAAUUGGCGGACAAAUGGGAACAGACUGUGUAUGUUGUCACUAAACAGAAAGAGAAUUUACCUGUCUACACAGUGACACCAGAGAAAGGAGAUGGACCUCCCCGAACACUUCACAGGGAUCUUUUGCUCCCUUGUGGAUUUCUAGCACCCACAGAGGAUGAACCUCAGCAAAUGAUCAAACCCCGUAAACCACAAACAAGGCAAAGUUCUUUCCAACCCGAUAAUGACACAUUGGUUGAAGAAGAGGAUAAUGAUUUUUGUCUUGAGAUCAAUUCUCCACAAAUCACAGAGAGACAUUUUUUCCAAAUCUACGACUAUCCAAUAAUGCCCGGAAAUCAGACAAACAAAGAACCUGCAGGAGAACACUGCCUACAAUCUACUGGAUCAGAAACUUUGGAGCAAACCGAGAAAGUACCUUCAGAAAAUAACUUAUCUGAGACAUCUACAGGAGACAAUCAGACAUCCAAGUCUUCUCUGACUGAUGAACAGAGGCAAGCAACCAACUCACCUGUAAUGAACAGCGAACCUGAAACCAACUUAACUGAAAAGCGAAAAGGAACCGGAACGCACCUAUUGAAUACUGGGACAGAUCACAGUGAAUCAGAGACACUGCAGAUUGACUCUCAAGAAUCUCUUCAACUCCGGAGAUCUGAGAGAGAUCGCCAGCCGUCCCGAAGACUACAUUAUGCUGAGCUGGGAAAUCCCAUGUUAACAGUUGUCAAAUCACUUUUCCAAGGGUUAACCCAAGCGAUGACUGAUUCCCUUGCCCCUGACACUGAUCAUGGCAGAGUAGCCAUGUACAGGGACGUACAUGACAUUUAAGAGGGGAGGGUGUAACCCAGUAGGUUCAAAAUCGCAUUUCUCCCUAUCAUUCAUAUGUCAUGUUUUAGUUGUGUGUCAAUCACAGAUACCCCCCUCUGUUCAAACCUUCUAUGGACUGAUCUUUGGUAAUCUGAGCCCCAUUGGCUGAAAUUGCUAACCCCGCCCACCUACGCAGCAGAGGCAUGUACGUGCUGCAGAAGCGCAGAGAGCAGGAGGCUAGAGGCCAGCGUGUCUGCCGAGCUGAGUUUCUAGCUUGGAAAUAAACUGGAGGAAGUGGACAACACGACAACCUGGUUGACUAAAAACCUGUAUGCGAGUGAGAGAGACGGAACCGACCUCUCGGUGGUUUCGAGCAGUGUGAGCGUCUUGGCUAGGUUUUUUAGACAUCGUGAAACUUGGACUGGAUCCGAUGGAUUUCUCCCUGACGAGGGGGAUGGCGAGCCACCCAUUGAGAUUCUGGAACUGAGCGGCCCAACCCUUGGCCUACAAAGAACGGGUUGUUCUUUCACACUAUCAGCUCUCAACUGUGCGGUAGGACAAUUGCCGUGCUACUGCCCUAAGACAUUGCCUCCUGGCACGGAGCAAGUGACUUGACUGACUUACCCUACUGACUUAACUAAUUAUUGCCGGCCGAACUGAACUGAACUAAAUUGAACUCAAAGAGUCAAGAACAAUCUAUUAUUGGGUUAUUACAGUGUUGUACAUAUUUUUCUAUUGUGUUUUUUCAUUGUUAUUAAUACAGUUGUUGUGUUCACUAUCCGUGACUCCAUUCAUUCUGUGCAUGUCACUCACUGCCCUAACCCUCCUAGGAGCCUAGAAC